CCACGACGUAGCAACCAAGAAAGCACCACCCCUACCCGCAACCAUGGCUGAGAAGGACCACAUGUCCGUCGUGAUCUGCGGCCACGUCGACUCCGGCAAGUCGACCACCACCGGCCGGCUGCUCUUCGAGAUGGGCGGUAUCCCCGAGCGUGAGAUGGAGAAGCUCAAGGCCGAGGCGGACCGCCUGGGCAAGUCGUCCUUCGCCUUCGCCUUCUACAUGGACCGCCAAAAGGAGGAGCGCGAGCGCGGCGUGACCAUCUCGUGCACCACCAAGGAGUUCUUCACCGACAAGUGGCACUACACCAUCAUCGACGCGCCGGGCCACCGCGACUUCAUCAAGAACAUGAUCUCCGGCGCGGCGCAGGCCGACGUGGCGCUCCUCAUGGUGCCCGCCGACGGCAACUUCACCACCGCCAUCCAGAAGGGCAACCACAAGGCCGGCGAGGUGCAGGGCCAGAGCCGCCAGCACGCGCGCCUCCUCAACCUGUUCGGCGUCAAGCAGCUGCUCGUCGGCGUCAACAAGAUGGACACCGACACCGCGGGCCCGUACUCCAAGGCGCGCUACGACGAGGUCGGCGGCGAGAUGAAGAACAUGCUUCUCAAGGUCGGCUGGAAGAAGGACUUUGUUGCCCAGUCGGUGCCCGUGCUGCCGCUCUCCGGCUGGAUGGGCGACAACCUCAUCGAGAAGACGAAGAACAUGGACUGGUGGACGGGCUGCGACGUGAUCGGGGGCCCGGACGGCAAGACGAAGAUGCACGUCGACACGCUCAAGGAGUGCCUCAACGACUUCUGCUCGCCCCCCGUCCGCACCGACAAGGCCGAGAUGCGGAUGCCCGUCUCCGGCAUCUACAAGAUCAAGGGCGUGGGCGACGUGCUCGCGGGCCGCGUCGAGCAGGGCGUGAUCACGACCAACACCGAGGUGAUCUUCAUGCCCACCCACACCGACGCCAACGCCUGCGCGGGCAAGGUCUUCACCAUCGAGAUGCACCACAAGACGCACCCGCAAGCCAACCCGGGCGACAACGUCGGCCUCAACAUCAAGGGCCUCGAGAAGCAGAACAUGCCCCGCGUCGGCGACGUGAUGAUCUACAAGAAGGACAAGACGCUGACGCAGUGCGGCGAGUUCGACGCGCAGAUCCAGACCCUCGACAUCCCCGGCGAGAUCAAGCUGGGCUACUCGCCGAUCGGCUUUGUGCGCUGCGGCCGCUCCGCGUGCCGCGCGACCGCCUUCAAGUUCAAGGUCGGCAAGGAGACCGGCGGCAAGAAGAUGGAGUCGCCGCACUCGCUCAAGUCGAACGAGAUGGCGCAGGUCUCCUUCCGCCCGCAGCAGCCGCUCGUCGUCGACUCGUUCAAAAACUGCGAGGGCCUGUCCCGCAUCGCCUUCCUCGACGGCAACACCGCCGUCAUGCUUGGCAAGGUCGUGUCCGUCAUCCAGAAGAAGGACAUGCCGCCGGAGGAGGGCAAGAAGAAGAAGUAGUUGCCCGGGUCUGCGCUCGUGUACCCCCCAGCUAUUUGCUCUCAGAGGUGAUGACAGUGUGCGCGGCGCGGAGAGUAGCCCCUGUCAGGUCACCCGUCUGUUGCGUCGUUAGUGUCACAGUAAAGCGUAUUUUCGUGGUUAUAUGCCGUAAAGCCUUCG